ACCUUGGUGUCAUAACAGUAGAAAUACUACUCGAGAGGGAUGUUUUCGGCAUCGAUGGAUAGGCUAAGUCCAUAUAAAACCGUUUACCAUUUACAUCGACCGUUCACGUCAGCGACGAGAUCUGCCUCAAAUUCUAGAGCUCAGCAAGCUGAACCGAAUGGUGAAAACCGCAAGUCUCCAGCCUUGUUAGAACAGAAGCUAUAGACGUUUUACCGUCGUAGCAGAAAAAUGCAUUUUCAUCAUUUUCCGGCGGAUUAAAAGGCUUCUGAAAGAAACUUUAAGUUCACUAGGUUUUCUAGAAAACAGGCUUUUUCAAAAAUCUCGAUCUCAGACGGCGACAUGUAGCAUAACUUUUCUGGAGUGGUUACCGAUAAACUGGCUGCACCGUGUAAGCGAUGAAUGCUGUUGACCUAUCGAUUUGUGGAGGUCGGGGCCAGUAUUUCUACUGUUAUGACACCAAGACCACACUUGUUCUCAGUAAUGUAUAUAUCAUUUUGUAGCCCGUGAAGUUCUGUAUCGAAUGAUAUACAGUAGUUGAGGUUUGCUUUGGGCAAAGGGAAGAAAUAAGGAAAAUACUCUAAAUAAAGUUCAAUUAAGGGGAGAAAAGUUUAGAUGCGGAAUUUUUUUCAGGGGGGGGAUGAAAAUGGAGGUGCUAGUUUUAAUUACGGAGAAAAACUACAUCAGACUUAUGAAUAUGAGCUUGAUCUGAGAGGGGGCUGAUUUUGCCUCUUAUCGACCCCCGUCCUAACCCGUCCCCGUCGCCUUUAUCUCUGAAAACUGGCUGGUUUUAAUUCAUGCUUAUAGAGCCAUACAGAAAAAUUGAACUCUGCGAAGAUAAUCAUGUAUUUCUGAAUUUAAAAGACAUCUUUUGUUAUUCUAGACCCGUGUGCUAGUCACACAUGGUAUAUCUCAUUUACAUAAAUGUGAUGAAAUUUUUGUUGUUAAUGACGGGGAGAUUGUUGAUCAUGGUCCAUAUCAUGAAUUAAUUACUAAAAGUAAAAUAUUACAAGAAUUAGUUUAUUCAACUAUUAAAUCAGAAGAUCAACAUGGACCAAAUGAUGCUGAACCUAAAACUCCACCAGCAUCAGCAGAAGUUGGAGGUAUUCUGCAUUUUUCUGACAAUGAUAAAACACAGCCAAAAGUUGAAUUAAUAGAUGAAGAAAAGAAAUUAAUACAAAAAGAACAAGUUGAAACUGGAAGUGUUAAAUUUAGUGUAUAUGUUACUUAUAUACGAGCACUGGGUACAGUUAUGGUUAUAUUGAUAUUUAUAUUUUUUUGUUUAACCGCUGUGGCUCACUUAUGUACUAAUAUUUGGUUAUCAAAAUGGACAGAUGAUUCGAAAAAUGAAGUGAAUAAUAAUACAUCAAAACGCAUUCGAGGCUUAGGUAUUUAUUGCGGUCUCGGUAUAACACAAGGUAUUCUUACAUUUUUUGUGCAAUUAGUACUCCAAUUAGCUGCUUAUCAAGGUAGUAAAAAACUUCAUUCAUCUAUUUUACAUGGGGUAUUACGAGCACCUAUGAACUUUUUCGACACCACUCCAAUCGGUCGUAUCGUUAAUCGUUUUUCUAAAGAUAUUGAUGCUAUUGAUAUAGCAUUACCACUAUCAUUUUCAUUAGCAUUAACUAUUGGAGUUAGCUUUAUAACAACAAUAGUUAUUUUAAUUUAUGGUUCUUACUUUGCUAUAGUUGCAUUGAUACCAUUAGGUAUCGCAUUUGCAUUUACACAGGUAAUACCGACACAUUUAUUUAUUCAAAAUCGACAUGAUAGCAUACUCUUUUCUAAACCUAUUUUUAUUGCUUCUUUUUUCCUUGCUUACUUACAGCGUGUCUAUAUAUCAACCUCAAGACAAUUACGACGGCUUGAUUCGGCAACACGUUCACCUGUUUAUUCAAAUUUUGGUGAAACGAUACAAGGUUUAUCAAGUAUAAGAGCUUAUAAUGCACAACAACGUUUUAUCGAUUUAUCAGAUAAUUUAUUGGACACAAAUCAAGCAUGUUACUUAGCCAGUUGUGUUGCUAAUAGAUGGCUUGCUGUCCGUUUGGAUCUAAUCGCAAAUCUUUUAACGCUAUCAACAGUUAUAUUUGCUAUCUUAAUGAGAGAACGAUUAACUCCUGGAGUUGUUGGUUUAUCCAUCACAUCUGCUAUGCUUGUUACACAGGCACUUAAUUGGUUAGUACGAAUGACAUCUGAUAUUGAAACAAAUAUUGUUAGUGUCGAACGUAUUGAUGAAUAUUGUCAACUGCAAAGUGAAGCAGCUUGGGAAAUACCCGAAUCAAAACCGCCAUUACAUUGGCCAACAAGCGGGCAAAUACAGUUUCAACAAUUAUCUACAAGAUAUCGAGAAGGUUUAGAUCUUGUUUUAAAAGAGUUAACAUUCGAUGUUCGACCAGGAGAAAAGAUUGGUAUUAUUGGAAGAACUGGUAGUGGAAAAUCGAGUUUAUGUAUUACAUUAUUUCGUAUUAUUGAGCCUGUCACAGGUCAGAUUAUUAUCGAUAAUGUUGAUAUCACCAAAAUUGGUUUACAUGAUGUUAGAUCUAAAAUAACAAUUAUACCACAAGAUGCUGUCAUAUUUGCGGGUACAAUACGUUUUAAUUUGGAUCCAUUUGGUACAUAUAGUGAUGAAGAAAUAUGGAAUGUGCUAGAAUUAACACAUCUGAAACAUCAUACAGCAGCUCUGAAAGACGGUCUUUCAUAUCAGUUAACUGAAGGUGGAGAAAAUUUAAGUGCUGGUGAAAAGCAAUUAUUGUGUAUAGCACGGGCAUUACUACGUAAAAGUAAAAUAUUUGUUUUAGACGAAGCAACAGCUGCUGUUGAUAUGGAAACAGAUCGAUUAAUACAAGAAACAAUACGUACUGCAUUUAAAAAUUGCACAGUUUUGACUAUCGCGCAUCGUUUGCAUACAAUACUGGAUAGUACAAGAAUUCUUGUUUUAUCAAACGGCUGUUUACAAGAGUAUGAUAAGCCUGACAAAUUAGCAUCAAAUCCAAAAUCACAAUUUUCGAAAUUAUUGAAGGAUGCUGGAAUUCGACCAUCAGAGAUUCAAAACUUAUCAACAUUCGCAUAA